ACCAAACCGCACCGGAUCAUUCCCUCACUCUCCCCUCAAUCUCUCUCUGUAUUCAUUUCUGGAAGAUCUGCAACUCACAAAUCUGUGUCUACAUAAAAACUCUGCGUUUUGCUGCCUCCUGAGAAAAGAAGCCAUGAGCGACCCAAUCGAGCCCGCAACGACGUCGUCUUCGGCCAAGGAUCCGGCCCUCCUGAUUCACCCGCGCCGCGAGCCGUUCGAGCACGGGCUGCUGCCCAUCCCCAAGCUCAUCUUCACCGACCCGACCCAAACCCUAAUUCCGCUCAAGCAGAAGCUGAUCGAGAAGUCGCCGAGUCACCGGGUCGACUCGGCCGCUAUCUCCGAGGCGCUCCAGAUCUCCAUUGAUCAGGCAAAGCUCGUCCUCGAUACCCUAGCCUCGGUUCUGCACUCGGAGUCCGACCCGCUCGUUAAAGCCAAGCCGGACGGGAUUGACGAGGCCGGAGCCGAUGUGCAUGAUCUGGUUCUGUUCCUCUACAUUCAGUCGUACAAGAAGUUGCUGCCGCGGACGCACAAGGACUCGGCUGCCGUCGCCGAUGUCUGGCCUUCGACGUCCGCUUUCGAUGGGUAUUUGUCCGCUUUGUCACCUUUGCAGCUUGUGCGUAGCAAUAGCCGUCGGUUUAUGCCAUCACAGGCUGAUGAAGAAGCACACCAGUUAUCAUAUCUGCAAAAGCAUUUGGCCAAUCUUGUCUCUCUUUUAGCAGAACCUGUGGAGGGUGAUGGCGAAGAAUCUCUGGUUUUGACCAUGGAGAAAUUUGAGCACCUUGGGUUUCUGCUUCACUUUGGUGACAAAGGAUCUGAAGGAAAUCUAUUCAGCCAACGUGCUCCCUUUUUUGCAAAUUCAGAUCCUGAUAUGCCUGAUGUUCCUGUUCCUGCAGCACAAGUUCACGAUUGGGUUCUACAGAAUAUAGGUUCUUCUUUGGAACAUAUUUCAGAAAGGAUUUCUCCAAAAGAAAAUGGGCCACCCAGUUCCUCAGACCAAGAUGUUCCUAUGGCUGAUGCCUGCACGAGUUCAAACAAGGGCUCAUCUAGUGUCAGAGGCCCAAGUUUUAUUGAGGGGAUCUCUAAGUCAUCUCUUGUAAAGCAAUCAUCUGAUCUUAAAGGUUCUUCUGUAAAGGUUUUAAAUUGCCACGAUUCAGUUAUCUACAUAUUAGCACCUCUGAGAUAUGCCACAGUUUAUGGAUGCUCUGAUGCUACAAUUGUUCUUGGAGCUGUUGGAAAGGCUGUGAGAAUCGAACACUGUGAGCGAGUUCAUGUGAUUACAGCAGCAAAUCGAAUCUGCAUUGCUAACUGCCGCGAAUGCAUGUUUUUCCUUGGGGUCAACCAGCGACCACUUAUUGUUGGUGAUAACCAUAAGCUGCAGGUGGCACCAUACAAUACAUUUUACAGUCAGUUGGAGGAGCACAUGAAGGAAGUUGGGGUUGAUGCUACUAUCAACAGAUGGGAUGAGCCCCUGCCACUUGGAGCGGUUGACCCACAUGAUUCAUUAUCUCAUCCAGCAGGUGUCUCUGAGGCUCAGGCCGAGUCCGCUGCACACUUAGACCCUGACCAGUUCACAAAUUUCUUGAUUCCAAACUGGUAUGGAGGUGAAUCGCAGGGCUCCACUAAAGACAACCCAUUUCCAUUACCAGAUGCUUAUAUGGCUUCCCAGCAUAGAAACCAGAACAAUCUUGGGGAGGUAAAGCAAUUAUUGAAGGAAGCACCUCUUGAAGAAAAUAGAAAGCGGGAAUUAUCAACUGCUCUCCACGUAUACUUUAAAGACUGGUUGUAUGCUUCUGGAAACAUCCGUCAGCUCUAUUGCCUACAAGGAGAAUGAUUUUUUUUGCAUCAUCUGCCGUAGAACAAGAGCGGUGCAGAAAGAAGCUUGCUGUUUUAUUCUUCAAUCCUAUCAUGCUCGUGGUGCCGUUGGCAGCUGCCGAUCAACCCCAGGUACUCUGGAAUGGUACCCUGCAUACUUGUUGCAUUGAUACGGUGCACAGAUGGAAUCCGAAAAACAUUUGCGAAUCCGAAAAACAUUUGCUAAUCUCAUUUAUUUUUUUUGGGUAAAAAAAUAAUCUUACUGUAAUAUUUUGUUAACCUAGGUUAUCAGCCUUGUGAAUUUUCCUUUCUCUCUUUUGUGGGUCUAGAAUGUUGGAUCUCGACUCUAACCUUCGAGUUUCUAUACUUUAUCGCGAGGUUUUGUUUUUAGAUUAUAAUUCUAUACCGAUUUAGCUCUC